AGUGUGAUGGCCACGACGACGAUGACGACAGUGGCGAAGGACAAGGGGAAGGAGUUGGCUCGGCUGCUGUCCGUGAGAGAGGACGUAGAAGCCCAACUGGUGAGGGCUCGCAAACGACUGAAGGUGCAGGGGGGCGGUGGGAAGCCAUCGAGAGUUGGGAUGAACGAGUUGCUGAUAGAGGCUCGCAAGUUGACUCCAACGACGAUACCCCCACCUUAUAUGACUUUCACUGUCGACGCCGGUCCGCAGGAGGCGCUGCCAGUGAGGAGCCAUGUUCCUUUCCCAACCCUCGACGAGUUCAGGACUAGUAGUCUGUUUAUGCAUACUAUACAGCAACAACAACAACAGCAGCAGCAGCAGCAGUUGGUCAAAAAGGGCGAUAUUGUUGCGAAGCCCCCUGCCAACCCUAGGGUGUCGACCCUUGAGGAGGAGAAGGCGAGUGCUCCUGCAGCCCAGCAGCCCCUCUCGGGACCUUCUGCACUACUACAGGCAUCAAGGAUGGCUGCUGCAGCAGCCGCUGCUGCUGCUGACUUGUCGUCCUCGUCAUCAUCAUCUUCUGAAUCUGGCAGUGAUAGUGAGGGCGACGACUCGUCCGAGGAUGAGCUCACGGACUCCUCCUCCUCUGCAUCGGCCGUCGAUGACCUCACUGUAGAGCAACAAGAGCCGACUGAUGGAGGCAAGACUGAGGAGAAGAUUUCGCCGCCGCCUCGGCCGCCAGUAGCAGCAGCCUCGGAUGAUGACGAUGAUGAUGAGGAGUAUGCGGGAGAGUUUGAUUGA